GGAUGCUGUUUGGAGGAAACUCGGCGCUGGGACCUCAUCGCUACCGGGACGGACUCCGCUUUAUAUGGAUCCUGAGGAAAAAUGGCCACCGGUAGAAGGAAGGAGAGGAAGCGCUCACCAAUUUUAGAUUUACGCAUCGUCUGAGACAUAUGGAUGUACACGGAGCGAGCGACCUAAGUGACACAUUGGAGCAGAUCGCCAACGUUCCCACCGAACUAUUUCAGCACAGGACUCCACUCGCUGGGCUGCCUUUGCCCUGACAAAGCCGCUCAAGAUGAACAUGGUGAAAAGGAUCAUGGGGCGGCCGCGGCAGGAGGAGUGCAGCCCGCAGGACAACGCGCUCGGGUUGAUGCACCUGCGACGCCUCUUCUCCGAGCUGUGCCACCCUCCUCGUCACAUGACCCAGAAGGAGCAGGAGGAGAAGCUCUACAUGAUGCUUCCUGUAUUUAACCGGGUGUUUGGAAACGCUCCGCCCAGCAGCAUGAUGGAAAAGUUCUCCGACCUGCUGCAGUUCACCACCCAGGUGUCCCGACUCAUGGUGACUGAGAUCAGACGCAGAGCCUCCAAUAAAUCCACAGAAGCGGCCAGUCGAGCCAUAGUCCAGUUCCUGGAGGUGAACCAGAGCGAGGAGGCGAGUCGUGGCUGGAUGCUUCUGACCACCAUUAACCUGGUGGCCUCCUCUGGACAGAAAACCGUGGACUGCAUGACAACCAUGUCCGUCCCCUCCACACUGGUCAAAUGCCUCUACCUGUUCUUUGACCUUCCCCAUAUGACCGACGCCCCUCCAGGCCCCACCCCUCCACCGCCACCACCCCCACCCAACCAGGAGAAGACUCCAGGCCAGGCCCACACUCAGCCUGAGCUGCCACUGGCGGACCGCCGGGCUCUGCUGCAGAAAGUCUUUGUCCAGAUCCUUGUGAAGCUCUGCACCUUUGUGUCUCCGGCGGAGGAGCUGGCCCAGAAGGACGACCUGCAGCUGCUGUUCAGUGCCAUCACCUCCUGGUGCCCGCCUCACAACCUGCCCUGGAGGAGGAGUGCAGGCGAGGUGCUAAGCACCAUCUCCCGACACGGACUCAGCGUCAAUGUGGUCAAAUACAUACAUGAGAAGGAAUGUCUGUCCACAUGUGUCCAAAACAUGCAGCAGUCUGACGAUCUCUCCCCGCUGGAGAUCGUUGAGAUGUUUGCCGGCCUGUCAUGCUUCCUCAAAGACUCCAGCGACGUAUCGCAGACGUUGUUGGAUGAUUUCAGAAUGUGCCAGGGCUACGCCUUCCUCUGCGACCUCAUGCUCAGACUAGAACAGGCUAAAGAGGAUGAAUCUAAAGAUGCACUAAAGGACCUGGUGAACUUGGUCACUUGUCUGUGUACGUAUGGUGUGACGGAGCUGAAACCUGCGGGCCUCACAACCGGAGCCCCUUUCCUGCUGCCAGGAUUCAUUCUGCCUCAGCCGUCUGGGAAAGGUCACACAGUUCGAAAUAUCCAGGCCUUUUCCGUGCUCCAGAACGCCUUCCUCAGGGCCAAAACAAGCCGUCUGGCCUGCAUGUUACUGGACGCCAUCGGGAACAUUUAUGCGGCCGAGCCGGCCAACUACUUCAUCCUGGAGUCCCAGCACACCCUGUCACAGUUCGCGGAGCGUGUGGCCAAGCUCCCAGAGGCACAGGCCAAGUACUUUGAACUCCUGGAGUUUGUUGUCUUCAGCCUGAACUACGUGCCGUGUAAGGAGCUCUUCAGCGUUUGCGUGCUGCUGAAAUCGAGCACGUCGCUCCCCUGCAGCAUCACCGCCGUGAGAACGCUGCUGAAGCUGGCCAGGCAUGACCCUGUGUUCAGCGACGUGCUGCGGGAGGUCGGCCUGCUGGAGGUAAUGGUCAACCUGCUACACAAGUACGCUGCCUUGCUCAAGGACCCAGCUUCUGAACACCAGCCCCAAAACAAUGACCAAGCUGAUAGUAAAAACCACCCCAUAGCGGAGGAGCAGAAGCAGUUGGCCUGGCUGGUGAUGGAAACUCUGACUGUGCUCCUGCAGGGCUCCAACACCACCAACACUAAUGCAGCGCUGUUCAGAGAGUUCGGUGGCGCCCGCUGCGUCCACAACAUCGUGAAGUACCGUCAAUGUCGGGAACACGCCUUGCUCAUCAUCCAGCAGCUGGUGUUGUCCCCCAGUGGUGAUGAUGACAUGGGAACGCUGCUAGGCCUCAUGCACUCGGCGCCACCCAGCGAGCUGCAGCUCAAGACCGAUAUACUGAGGGCUUUGUUGGCCGUGUUGCGUGAGAGUCACCGCACUCGGACGGUGUUCCGCAAAGUGGGCGGCUUCGUCUACGUCACCUCCCUCCUGGUGGCCAUGGAGCGCUCGCUCUGCCAGCCUCCUCGUCACGGCUGGGAACGUGUCAACCAGAACCAAGUUUUCGAGCUCCUGCUCACGGUUUUCUGCACGCUCACGGCGGCCAUGCGCUACGAGCCGGCCAACUCCAACUUCUUCCGCACGGAGAUCCAGUACGAGAAGCUGGCCGAUGCUGUGAGGCUGCUGGGUUGCUUUUCUGACACGAAGAAGCUGGGCCCCACAGGAGUGUUCCCGUCCAACGCUCAGCCAUUCCAGAGGCUGCUGGAGGACGAGGCUUCCUCAGGAAGCUGCUCCGGAGACAGCGUCUGUCCAACCCUGAAACACUGCAGCAAGCUUUUCAUAUACCUGUACAAGAUGGCCACCGACUCUUUCGACAGUCGUGCAGAGCAGGUGCCUCCCUGCCUGACUCAUGAAACCUCGCUGCCCUCCCCGUGGGGCACGCCUGCGCUCGCCAGAAAGAGGCAUGGUUACUAUGGCACAUCGGGCCCCUCUGCCCCAGUCAAAGCCCUGACGGACCUCAAACUCCACUUGGUGAACCCUUCCCACCCUGCUUCUUUCCCAUCCUCAUCCGAUUUGGUAGUCAUCCACCCAGGGGCCGUUUUAGCCAUGUUGGAUCUCCUCCCCUCUGUCUCCUCUGAGAGUCAGCCGGAGCAUGCCCUCGACCUCCAGCUCGCUGUUGCCAACAUCCUCCAGCUCCUGGUGAACAGCGAGAGGAACCAGCAGGUGUUGUGUGAAGCCUGCCUCCACCAGCGGCUGCUGCAGCGUUGUAGUCAGGCCCUCGGGGAUGAAGACCACCCGCUGCACCCUCCACUGCAGAGGAUGUUCGAGAGGCUGGCCUCGCAGGCCCUGCAGCCGAUCGCACUCAGGGAAUUUUUACGUCUCGGAAACCCUCUGAACUGCGGUGCCUGGGACAAGAAGCUCCUGAAGCAGUACCGGGUCCACAAACCAAGCUCCCUUGGCUAUGAUGCGGAAAUGAGAAACAGCAUGACUCUAUCCAUGGAGGGCUUCGGCCCCGACAGCGUCUUCACCACACCGGCGGAGGACAACGGUCAAUACCGCAUCAGCCGUAGCCUGGUGCGCUCCGCCGAGGACAGCACCGUGCCCCUCACCCGAGUCAAGUGCCUGGUUUCCAUGACUACGCCCCACGAUAUCCGGCUGCAUGGAUCAGCCGUCACUCCGGCGUUUGUAGAGUUCGACAGCUCGCUGGAAGGUUUUGGGUGCCUGUUUUUGCCCAGCCUGGCGCCCCAUAACGCUCCCACCAACAACACCAACGCUUCCGGGGUCAGCGACGGAGCAGUGCUUAGUGGGAUGGGAACAGGUGAGCGCCCGUUUCCUCCUCCCUCUGGUCUCAGCUUCUCCACCUGGUUCUGCGUGGAGCGAUUCAGCGCGGCCCCUCAGGCCCACCCGGUGCGUCUGCUGACCCUCGUCCGACGGGCCACCUCCUCAGAGCAACACUACGUCUGCCUGGCCGUAGUUCUCUCCACCAAAGACCGCUCACUCACCGUCUCCACCAAGGAGGAGCUGCUGCAGACAUACACAGCGGAUGAGUCAAGUGAAGACGCCUCCUUCUACGAGAUCCUGCCAUGCUGCGCCCGUUUCCGCUGUGGAGAGUUGAUCGCCGAGGGCCAGUGGCAUCACCUGGUGCUCGUCAUGAGCAAAGGCAUGCUGAAAAACAGCAUGGCAACGCUGUACCUGGACGGCCAGCUCGUCAGCACUGUCAAGCUCCACUACAUCCACAGCACUCCGGGCGGCUCAGGCUCCACCAACCCUCCCGUGGUGAGCACCGUUUACGGGUACAUCGGCACGCCGCCCGCUCAACGCCAACUUUCCAAUCUGGUGUGGCGCCUGGGUCCCAGCCACUUCCUGGAGGAGGUUUUACCAGCCACCAGCGUUGCUGCCAUCUUUGAACUGGGACCUGACUACGUCGGCAGUUUUCAGGCUGUCUACCUGCCCUGUAAAGACACAAAGGCGGAGGUGUCCCCUGCUACUCCGGUGGCUCUGGUCCCAGAGGAGAAAGUGUCCUUCAGCCUCUAUGCGCUCUCUGUCUCUACGCUAACAGUGGCUAAAAUCAGAAAAGUCUACAAUAAACUGGACAGCAAAGCCAUCGCCAAACAGCUUGCGGUGUCCUCUCAUGAAAACGCCACUCCUGUAAAGCUGAUUCAUAAUGCUGCCGGCCAUCUCAAUGGGCCGGCACGUACCAUUGGAGCUGCCGUCAUUGGAUAUUUAGGUGUCCGUACCUUCGUUCCCAAACCCGUCGCCACUAACCUGCAGUAUGUUGGUGGAGCCGCAGCCAUUCUGGGCCUGGUUGCCAUGGCGUCAGAUGUGGAGGGGCUCUAUGCGGCAGUUAAAGCUUUAGUUUGUGUUGUGAAAAGCAACCCUCUGGCAAGUAAGGAGAUGGAGCGCAUCAAUGGCUACCAGCUGCUGGCUAUGCUGCUGAAGAAGAAACGCUCACUACUCAACAGCCACAUCCUCCACCUCACCUUCUCCCUAGUGGGAACAGUCGACAGCGGCCACGAAACCUCAAUCAUUCCCAACUCCACAGCUUUCCAGGACUUACUUUGUGACUUUGAGGUUUGGCUUCACGCUCCAUAUGAGCUCCAUCUGUCUCUCUUUGAACAUUUCAAUGAACUGCUGACAGAAUCCAGUGAAGCAGCCAAAAAUGCUAAACUCCUUCGGGAGUUUCAGCUGAUCCCCAGGUUGCUGCUGACGCUGCGGGACACCUCUCUGUCGCAGUCCACAGUGGCCGCCAUCAGCAACGUCCUCAGCCUGUUGCUACAGGGCUUCCCAAACCCUUACGACCUGCUGCGGUUUGGUCAGUUCAUCUCCUCGACUCUUCCCACUUUUGCUGUGUGCGAGAAGUUUGUUGUCAUGGAAAUCAACAACGAGGAGAAGAUUGAUGGAGGUAAUGACGACGAUUUCAGCGGCCUCCUGUCAGCCAGCCUGAUCUUGCUGAGAAAUCGACUUCUGGAUAACCUCCUUAAGCUGCUUUUCACCACCAAAGAGAAGUGCACAGUUAAUGUCCAGGCGUGUGAGGAGCUUGUGCGAACCCUCGGCUUUGAUUGGCUGCUGAUGUUCAUGGAGGAACAUCUCCACUCCACCACGGUGACGGUGGCGCUCCGGAUCCUGGUGGUCCUGCUGUCAAACCAGCCCAUCCUGAACCGCUUCAGAGAGGGCCUGAGUGGAGGCGGAUGGCUGGACCACACCGACUCCGUCCUGACCAAUAAGAUCGGCACAGUUCUGGGCUUUAACGUGGGUCGCAGUGCCGGGGGUCGUUCCACGGUGCGAGAAAUCAACAGGGACGCCUGCCAUUUUCCAGGAUUCCCUGUUCUGCAGACUCUGCUACCCAAACACACCAAUGUUCCUGAGCUGUACUUCCUGCUUAUGGCCCUCUUCCUGCAGCAGCCUGUCACUGAGCUGCCAGACAGCCUGCAGGUACAUUUUGACCUGGAUUCCAUCUGGACGUUUAUCUUUGGGAUGCCGGCCUCCAGUGGGGCGGUGGUGGGCUCCAUCCACAGCGUGUGUACUGAGGCGGCCUUCCUGCUGCUGGCCAUGCUGCGCAGCAUGCUCAAUCUGCCAUGGCAGUCUGAGGAGGAAGGUUCUUGGCUCCGGGAGUACCCAGUGACUCUCAUGCAGUUCUUUAGGUACCUUUACCACAACGUGCCGGACCUUUCACCGAUGUGGCACAGCCCUGAGUUCCUGUGCGCCCUGGCAGCCACCGUCUUCCCCUUUAACAUCAGGCCGUACUCUGAGAUGGUGAGUGAUUUGGAUGACGAAACCAGUUCUCCAACCGAAGAGUUCAAGGCCUUUGCUGGAGACACUGGGAUGAACCGCAGCCAGUCUGAAUACUGCAACGUGGGCUCUAAGACCUCCCUGACCAACCACCCUGCCAAGAAAUAUGUCUUUGACUUCAUGAGGGUCCUGAUCAUGGACAACAUGUGCAUGACCCCCGCCAGCAAGCAGACGCCCAUCAUCGACAUGCUGCUGGAGGCCUCCCCAGAUCGCUCCACCAGAACUCAGCAGAAGGAGUUUCAGUCCAGCAUCCUGGAUGGAGUCAUGGAGCAUCUCCUGGCCGCAGAUGUCCUUCUAGGUGAAGACGCCUCUCUGCCUCUCAGCACUGGGGGCAGUUAUCAGAUCCUGGUCAACAACGUCUUCUACUUCACCCAGAGAGUGGUGGACAAGCUUUGGCAGGGAAUGUUCAACAAGGACUCCAAGCUGGUGGUGGACUUCAUUGUGCAGCUGAUUGGACAGUCUAAGAGACGGUCCCAGGGUCUGUCGCUGGACACCAUCUACCAUUGUCUGAACCGGACGGUGCUCUACCAACUCUGUCGACCCCACAAGACGGUAGCUCAGCAGGUGGCCCUGCUGGACGCCCUGCGAGUCCUGACGGUCAACCGCAAUCUGGUGCUCGGCCCGGGCAACCACGACCAGGACUUUGUGGCCUGCCUGGCUCACUGCUUCAUCUGCCUGCACAGCGGGAGCAGCGUGGAAGGUUUCGGUUUGGAGGCGGAGGCCAGGAUGACUACCUGGCACGUCAUGAUGACCGCAGAGAAUGAAACUGACUCAACACACAGCCACGAUGUCAGCGAGGGGCGACAGCUGCUGCUGAAGGCCGUGAACCGCGUGUGGACGGAGCUGAUGCACAGCAAGCGUCAGAUGCUGGAGGACAUCUUCAAAGUGUCUCUGCCAUGCAAUGACAGAGGACAUGUGGACAUCAGCACCGCCCGCCCUGCUCUGGAGGAACCUGCUCUGAAGAGCUGGCAGAACCACCUAGUUCAUGAGAAAAAGUACAUCAGUCGCGGGGAAGCUGCAGCGCCAGCCGCCCAGUCCAAACUCUCCAGAGUUAGCAGCGGCUUUGGCCUGUCCAAGCUGACCGGUGUGCGCCGCAACAAGAAGGAGAACAGCCUGAACAAGAACAGCCCGUCUGCUCUGGAGACUUUCCAGUGGAUGUUCACGCACAUCGCAGUGGUUCGGGAUCUUGUUGCCAUGCAGUAUAAGGAGUAUCAAGAGCGGCAACAGAAUGCCCUGAAGUAUGUGACCGAAGAGUGGGCGGCCAUCGAGUACGAGUUGCUGCGGGAGCGAGGCCUCUGGGGCCCGCCCAUCGGCUCCCACCUGGACAAGUUCACGCUGGAGAUGACGGAGGGGCCGUGCAGGAUGAGGAAGAAGAUGGUUCGCAAUGACAUGUUCUACAUUCACUACCCAUACAUCCCUGAGACCGAAACAAACACCAACUCUGCACAGCCUUCCUCCCCACCUCUGGUGCCUUUGUUCCCCUCAGCUCAGAAGCCUCUGCGGUACCGCCGAGCCAUCAGCUAUGACAGUAAGGAAUACUACAUGCGCCUGCUGUCAGGGAAUCCGGGGAUGUACCAGCACUCUGUGGAGCACAGCACAGAGGGGGAGACCACGCAGCAUGAACCGGAGCACGGGGAGGACACUAUCGCUAGAGUGAAAGGUCUGGUGAAGGCCCCUCUGAAGAGGUCUCGGUCCACAGCAGAUGGUGCAGACGAGGACAGCCAGGAACAGCAGCAGGACCAGCUACUGGAGUCAGGAGGUCCGGAAGAGGAGCAGAGGACCGACAACACAUCCCUGCUGCGCCUCCUGGAGGAAGGGGAGAAGAUUCAGCACAUGUACCGCUGUGCCAGAGUGCAGGGUCUGGACACCAGCGAGGGCCUGCUGCUGUUCGGCAAGGAGCACUUCUACGUCAUUGACGGCUACACCAUGACUGUUUCCAGGGAGAUCAGGGACAUCGACACGCUGCCGCCCAAUUUGCAUGAAGCAAUCAUCCCCAGAGGGGCGCGGCAGGGCCAGAGCCAGCUGAAGAGAACCUGCAGCAUCUUUGCCUACGAGGACAUCAAGGAGGUUCACAAGAGGCGAUACCUGCUACAGCCGAUGGCAGUAGAAGUCUUUUCUGCAGAUGGAAGGAACUACCUGCUGGCCUUCCAGAAGGGAGUCCGAAACAAAGUUUACCAAAGGUUCUUGGCAGUGGUGCCGUCGCUGGCAGACAGCUCAGAGUCGGUCUCAGGUCAGAGGCCAAACACCAGCGUUGAACAAGGGUCUGGACUUCUCAGCACGUUGGUUGGUGAGAAAUCAGUCACUCAAAGAUGGGAGCGAGGAGAGAUCAGUAACUUUCAGUACCUGAUGCAUCUGAACACGCUGGCUGGACGCUCAUACAACGACCUGAUGCAGUAUCCAGUCUUCCCCUGGAUCCUGGCCGACUACGACGUAGAGGAACUGGACCUGAACAACCCCAAGACUUUCCGUAACCUGGCCAAACCGAUGGGCGCUCAGACUGACGACCGGCUCACGCAGUAUAAGAAGAGAUACAAGGACUGGGAGGAUCCCAACGGUGAAACCCCAGCAUACCAUUAUGGUACCCAUUACUCAUCCGCCAUGAUUGUAGCCUCCUAUCUGGUCCGGAUGGAGCCUUUCACACAGAUCUUCCUCAGACUUCAGGGAGGUCACUUCGACCUGGCUGACAGGAUGUUCCACAGCGUCCGAGAAGCGUGGCUCUCUGCCUCCAAACACAACAUGGCCGACGUCAAGGAGCUGAUUCCAGAGUUUUUCUAUCUGCCUGAAUUCCUGCUGAAUUCUAACAACUUUGAUCUGGGUGCCAAGCAAAAUGGCACCAAGCUGGGUGAUGUCAUCCUCCCCCCCUGGGCCAAAGGUGACCCCCGGGAGUUCAUCCGGGUCCACAGAGAGGCUCUGGAGUGCGACUACGUCUCUGCUCACCUCCAUGAGUGGAUCGACUUGAUUUUCGGCUACAAGCAACAGGGACCGCCAGCUGUAGAGGCCGUUAAUGUCUUCCACCACUUGUUCUACGAGGGUCAGGUGGACAUCUACAACAUCAACGACCCGCUGAAAGAGACGGCCACCAUCGGCUUUAUCAAUAACUUUGGCCAAAUCCCCAAACAGCUCUUUAAGAAGCCUCAUCCCCCUAAACGUGUUCGCAGCAAAGCUAACGGCGACUUAACAGCUGCUCCUCCGAGCUCCAACAACGACAAGAUCUUCUUCCAUCAUCUGGACAAUCUAAGACCUUCUCUUGCUCCUGUUAAAGAGCUGAAGGAGCCUGUGGGACAGAUAGUGUGUACUGAUAAAGGAAUCUUAGCUGUGGAGCAAAACAAAGUUCUGGUUCCACCUACCUGGAGCAAAACGUUCGCCUGGGGCUACGCCGACCUCAGCUGCCGCUUGGCCAACUAUGAAUCUGAUAAGGCGAUGGUCGUGUACGAGUGUCUGUCCGAGUGGGGUCAGAUCCUCUGUGCCAUAUGUCCUAACCCGAAGCUCGUCAUCACCGGGGGCACCAGCACUGCCAUCUGUGUGUGGGAGACGGGCAGCUCCAAGGAGAAGGCCAAAUCUCUGACGCUCAAACAGGCUCUACUCGGCCACACGGACGCCGUAACAUGUCUGACAGCUUCGUCAGCAUACCGCAUCGUUGUCAGCGGCUCCCGCGAUCGAACCUGCAUCAUCUGGGACCUCAACAAGCUUUCUUUCGUCACGCAGCUUCGGGGACACCGCGCUCCCGUUUCCGCCCUGUGCAUCAACGAGCUGACGGGGGAUAUCGUGUCCUGUGCGGGGACGUACAUUCACAUGUGGAGCAUCAACGGCAGCCCCAUCGCCAGCGCCAACACCUUCACCGGCCGCAGUCAGCAGAUCCUCUGCUGCUGCGUGUCGGAGAUGAAUGAGUGGGACACGCAGAACGUCAUCGUCACCGGCCACUCUGAUGGAGUCGUCAGGUUUUGGAGGAUGGAGUUCCUUCAGGUCCCAGAAACCCCUGCUCCAGAACCGGCUGAGCCGGAUGUACCCGACUGCUGUGCCGAUGAGAAGAUUGAGGGAGCAGAGAGUCACAACGCCGAUGACGAUAGUAGUGAGUCAGAUGGAGAGGAACCUGCGGCGCCUCGAAACCCAUCAGCUGGCGGAGGGAGCAGCAGUCAGCCGGGAAGCGCCGUCCACAGACCCAGAGGUCCGCCAUCUCGAGCUGGAGCGUCAUGGUCAAUGGACAGCGGCUCUGAUGACUCUCACCGCUGGUCAGACACACUGAGCAUCGAUGAGAAGGACGGCUUUGUGUUCGUCAACUACUCUGAGGGCCAAACUAAAGGCCCCCACCCUCAGCAGAGUCAUCCAGGCCAUGGACCCCUCAAUCAGCCUCCCCAUUCGUCGGCCACAGAGCCACGGCCGUAUAACCAGCUCAAAGCAGGAUACAGAUGGGAGCGGCAGCUGGUCUUCCGGAGCAAACUCACCAUGCACACAGCGUUUGAUCGCAAGGAUAAUGCUCACCCAGCUGAGAUCACCUCCCUCUCUAUCUCCAAGGACCACAGCAAGAUCCUGGUUGGCGACGGCCGCGGUCGGGUGUUUAUCUGGUCUGUGAGCGACCAGCCUGGCCGCUCGGCGGCUGACCAUUGGGUGAAGGACGACGUGGUGGACAGCUGCUCUGGCUGCACGGUCCGCUUCUCCUUAACAGAGCGACGCCACCACUGCAGGAACUGCGGGCAGCUCUUCUGUCAGAGGUGCAGUCGCUUCCAAUCUGAAAUCAAAAGGCUGAAGAUUUCCUCUCCCGUGCGAGUGUGUCAGAACUGCUACUACAACCUUCAGCAUGAGCGCAGUGUCGACGACGGCGGCAGAAACUGAGCCCCGCCUCUUUUACAUCUGCCUCUGUUUGGGGAGCAACCGCUUAAAGAGUGCUUCAUCCCUCCAUCUGCCCUCCAUGUAAUAUAUAAACAUCCCCGAAUCCAACCUUUCUAACCCUCUCAAAUGUAAGAAUGUUUAGUUUGCAUGGAGAUGGGAGCCGGAUCAAAAGGAAAAUGUGGGAAAGAAACUCAGCCAUCACUUUAACCACAAGCACUCAUCAUCAGGAGGAAAAGAGAGCAAAGAGGCUCGUCUGAAUCAAUCACGCGCCAUUUUCACUUAGCAGCGGGAGCAGAUAUCGUCCUUCAGUCACGGGAAACAGUAAAAGACUUGUUUAUAGUGUAAAUACUUAACCACGGCCUUUUUAACUCUGGAAACACGAUGGAAAUUUAAGUUCUUUAGGAAAACAAGAGCUUGCUUGUAACUAAGCGAUGUGACUAACCACUCCUUGCUUUAAAAGAAAAACAACAGAUUGUGUGUAACCUGCGUCACAAGCCACAGCGAUUCCAGAGAUGGAGGGAGAUGAAUGUCAAAAGUUUUUAGUCUGUGGGUCGAGGUAUGCAAAAAUCUUUUUUUUAUACUCAAUUAAUUUCCACAUGAUGUUGUUUACAAGAUUUAAGCGAGAUGGAUCAUAGAAUUACCCUUUUUUUUUUUUUGCCAAAUAGAACUUAUCUCCUCUGUCCUUAUAUGUUUUCCAUUUGGAGGAUCUUUAUCAUGGUUGCUGCUGCUUUCUCUGAAGACUAGAUGCUAUCAGUUUAAACUGUCAACAUAUCACUCAGUUUUGUUUCUUCUGUUUGUAGGAGUUCUUCAAAAAGCCUGACAUUUUUGUUUUUUCACAUUGCCAUGAAAGUAGCUUUUAAAAUGCACAUAGAAAAAGGGGCAUCUUAGUUUUUUUCACAUUAAAAAAACCUUUACAUGUAUUCAGCUCUCAACACAAGCUGUGUUGGCUACUGCUCCAGCUGCAGCCAAAUUUAAAAGCAUACAUAAAAGAUCCAUCAUUAAUAUGUUUUAUCUAAAUAGCUUGGACAAAAACCGCUGUGUUCAAAAAUGUAUGGGUUAUCGUACUCUGUUAUGAAGUGAUCCUGAAUAAGUUUAUUGUGGUCGAAUGUUGUCGUCCUAGCACAGCAGACAUGGAGAAGGGAAU